CCGCCCCUCUUGAUUUCCUCUGAACUGCGGGCGACAGAGCUGAGCCAAGCGUUUGCUGGGCAGCUGUUGCGGUGAGUGAGCUGGGGCUGGGGUGCCUAACGUUUUGGAUCUUCUACUCCGGCCCGGCCCCGAAACACCACAUAGAAGCCUUGGGACCUGAUUCACCCAAUCCAGACAGCCCUAGAGAUCUGAGCGACUGAGGCCUGGGGUCUGAACGCCAGAAUUUCCUGCGCGGGUCUGGACGCCCUGCGCUGGGCUUAGAUUCCAAAUGAAAAUGUUUGAAAGUGCUGACUCUACAGCCACAAGAUCUGGCCAGGAUCUCUGGGCUGAAAUUUGUUCCUGUCUGCCAAAUCCUGACCAAGAAGAUGGUGCCAACAAUGCCUUCUCCGACUCCUUUGUGGAUUCUUGCCCUGAAGGUGAAUGCCAGACGGAGGUGGCUGACUUUGCUGUCCAGACAGCUGUAAAGCCUUGGGCUCCCUUGCAGGAUUCAGAAGUGUAUUUAGCAUCUCUAGCUCUACUUCUCUCUCUAGAGAAAAAGCUAAGAAGAAUCAAAGGCUUAAAUCAGGAAGUGACUUCUAAGGACAUGCUUCGAACCCUGGCCCAAGCCAAGAAGGAAUGCUGGGAUCGGUUCCUCCAGGAGAAGUUAGCCUCAGAGUUCUUUGUGGAUGGACUUGAUUCUGACGAAAGCACCUUGGAACAUUUCAAGAGGUGGCUACAGCCAGAUAAAGUAGCCAUCAGCACAGAAGAGGUCCAGUAUCUGAUUCCUCCAGAGUCACAGGUUGAGAAGCCAGUGGCUGAGAACGAGCCAGCAGCUGCGGACAAGCCAGCAGCAGCAGAACAGUAAAUUACACACACACACCGAGCAGCUGUCUCAGGUCCAGAGGGAGCAGCGUGAAGCUCGGCAGCAGAAACAGGGAGAAAUCCACUGAGGGAAAAAUACCCAACUUUCCACUCCACAAAGAAAAUAGCUGCAAGCCCCCGGGGAUUUACUUGGGGCUGGCAUGUGUGACUGUCUUGGAUGAAGUGACUGACGCAGUACGCGCUGGAUCAAAAUGCUGCUUUCCUCUGUGUCUCACAGCUUGGCUGGGCUCUGUCACUGCAGGUUAGAAGCUUGCUAAGGAUGGAAUGUGAAAGUUCUUGGAGAAACUGAGGCCCCUCAUGUGUAGUGUGUAAGUUAGGUGAGCCAUAUUUUUUCUUACCUCUUCUGGACAUUAUUGCUUGUGUCCCAAGCAUUCCUUGGUGAAUUGUCAGGGGUGAGUGGGGCCAGGAAGAGUGAAGUCUGCUUCUUGAAUCCAAGCCCCAUCUGGGGCUUCUCUAACAAAUGUGUAGUAAGUAAAGGGACUCCAGGGUGAGAGGCUGGGCUUCUUUCUCUCAUUUGUUCCUUAUGGAGAAAACGAGCAAAAGAAGUGUGAAAAUGUGGGUGUUUA